CGUCCCAUCAGUUGAAUUUGUUCCACGCAAAUACUUUGAAAUAUCUUGAAAAAUAGGGAAGAUUGCAAUGCACAGAUAGCCAUAGGCUCUAGUUUUAUGGCAUAUGGAAAGUAUGUAAGCAAAGGAGCCUAUACCUGCAUCUUUUUGUACUACUUCUAAUACAUCAAGCAAGACGUUGUAUAGCCAAGUAUUGUUUAUUAUUCAGGUAGAGACCGUCUUGCGUAAUACCAGCAUAUUGGAAGGCACAAUGACUGUAAACCUGUUAAUUGCAAUAAAUAAAGGCAGGUAAAAUAAGAGAAACCAACAUCAUAACAAUAGUACUGUUUAGAAAAUACUAAACUGAAGAGAUGUGGGGAAGUGUCAAUGAUCAUUGUGGAUAACGUGAUGUCCAUGGCUAAGGUAUGACCACUCCAACGUAGCAGGUAUUAGUAGCGCAAGUCCGAUUAAAAGUGGUAGGCAGGAGCGCGGGUGGUAGGCAGGAGCGCGGCGAGAACCGUCAUGCGAGUGGUGAGUGGUGGAGUGUGGCGGCAGAGAGCGCGGCGACUACAGAGAGCUGGAAACUAGUGAAUGGCAAUCUGUCGGGGAAGUUCAACAGACCGCUGUCACAGAGCGACACCGGAGCCCUGCCUAAAACAAAGUGGCUCGUCUUCAAGUCUGGGACGGCUGACCAACUCCGAAAAGAGGACACACAAGUUGGCUCGGGUUAGCUGCUAAUCACUUGUUACCGGCGCUUCGCUCCCAGUAACAUGCCUGCCAUCAAAAAGGAGAGACUGGAUGGGGACGUAUUGGCAUUGGCUGCCUUCAACCAGUCCGAAUACCUGGCCCCUUUAAAUGACACCGCUAUCACUGUGGUGACCCCGCACCCACCGCAGUACGACCAUAUUUUCGGACAUCACCGCUUGUACUUGGGGCUCCACGACUCGGCACUGCAUCACCAGCACCUUCACCAUCACCCGGACGACUUAAUGCUGGAGAGGUUUUCCUCCAUCCCCGACUUUCAGCCGUUUUUUGAGAACGGGGAACCAUGCAUCGAGGUGGAGUGCGGGGAGAACAAGGCUUUACUAUACAUUAACAAACUGUGCCAAGGUAGUAAGGGACCCUCAAUCAAAUACCGGGGCGAGUGGCUCACCCCGAAUGAGUUCCAGUUUGUCAGUGGAAGGGAAACCGCCAAAGAUUGGAAACGAAGUAUACGGCACAAAGGGAAAAGUUUAAAGACCCUUAUGUCCAAAGGAAUCUUACAGGUACAUCCCCCAAUCUGUGAUUGCCCUGGGUGUCGAAUUUCGUCUCCAGUGAACCGCGGGCGUUUGGCAGAGAAGCGCACCAUCCCCCUGCCCCCCAACCGUGUGCCCAAGAGGGAGCUCUCCUCCGUCUUUAGCAGUGACGACAGCGAGGGCAGCGACCGCGCCAGCGGAGACCAUGCCCACAUCAAGCAGGAGGAUGAGCUGCAUUACAGUAUCAUGAGAAAGAGUCGUGACAGUGACCUCUCUACGAUCAUCUCCAACCUCCACCAUACCAGACAGCACGGCAUGCCCGAGAGCCAGCCCGCCACCGACCUCAGCACCAACACAGGACACACAGAUAACCUUCUAGGCAAGAGGAGAGCCUACUCCCCCAACAGCAGCAGCAAGUGCCCCUCGGACAUCAAGAAGUCGCGCAGCGUUUCCCCCAAAGAGAAAUCCCACACCCCUGUGCUGGAGGGGGGCGGCCACAGUCACAUGACCCCGGAGGAGCACUACAGGCGGAUGAUGUCAGCGCUGAGCGAGCAGGGCGAGGAGCAGCAGCAGCGCCUCUACCAGCUGGCCAACAACAUGGGCCUGCCCAGCCAUGAUCUGUUGCGAGUGCGCCAGGAGGCCCUGGCAGCAGUGAGGAACACAGGGGGUUUGGAGGCCCAUCUCCCUUCGGCAGGCAGCUCGUCCAGCCAGAGACGCAAACAGGGCCUGCCCCAGCACAGAGACGCCCACUACACCGAGAGGGAGAUGUCCCAUCCUCCUCCUCUGCUGUCCACCCAGAACGGCCCUCACAUCACAUUGGGACCCCACCUGCGGCCCCCCUUCUUGGCCAUGCCCUCCUCCCUGUGCCAGUCCCCCGGCUAUGGUUUCCUCCAGCCUGCCCAAGCUGAAAUGUUUGCCCGGCAACAGGAAAUGCUUCGGAAGCAGAACUUGGCCAGGUUGGAGAUGUCAGCCGAGCUGCUCAGACACAAGGAGCUGGAGAGUCUCCACAGGCAGCAGCAGCAGCGUGUGUUGGGGGGUUCUGACCCCAUGGGCCUACCCCACGGCCUCCCUCCGGACCAUCCCGCCCUGCGCAGUCUCCACCACCUGCCCGAGGGACACCCCCUCCACGAGGAGCUCAGCCGACGCCAAAACGCCAUGCUGAUGCUCCGACACACCAGCACCCCUUUACUCUCCCUCAACCACCAGGGGCCCUUGGGGUCCACAACGCCCAAAGAUACCCAGGGACAAGGCUCCGGGGCUGGGGCCGGAUUGAGUAAGGGGGGCUCACGGAAAGGCCCCCAGCAACCCAGGGGGGGAGACCACCAAGAGAGGGAGGGCCGAGGGAGGGACGGAGAUGCAGAUGGGCAGGAUGAAGAAAUGAAGGACUCGGAUAGUGAGACGGAGAUGGGCGAGGAUAGGCAUGAGGGAUUGUUUGCCAAGGCAACCGACUGGCAUGGGCUUCACAGGGACAGGGGGAAAGAGAGUGGCGGGAAGGGGGGGUGUGACGGUGCCAAAGAGGCGGGCGAGGGCUCGGGUCGGCUUAGUGCCCCCUGUAGCUCGGCGGGUGCAGAUUCACCACCCGGUCAUCACCUCUUCACCCCGGGGUUGGGCAAGAGCGAUGUCAAGUACCACUUUCCACCUGGCGCCAUGCCUCCGCUGCCAGGGCUCCACGGCCAGUCGCUGCCCUUUGGAUUUCCCUACACAAGCCCCUACUUCCACACUGGCGGUAUGGGAGGUCUGUUAAUGGACAGUGAGGACUCUGCGGCACCCCCGGUGGAGGACAUAAGCAAGUGGAGUGUGGAGGAGGUGUGUGGUUUUGUGGGAGGCCUGGCCGGCUGUGCGGAGUACACACAGGUGGCGCGGCGCGUUGGCAGACUCUUCUACAUGACCAGCUUCCCGCUGGCGCUCCCGGUGCCGCCAUCUGCCCUGCGUCCCCCGGACAGGGACCCCCUUCUGUCCGACACCCUUCUGGCGGUCCCACUGCGACCCCCCUCCGUCGCCAGCAGCAGCUCCUCUCCCUACAGCGGCCCUCCGCCCCCGUGUCACUCCUCCCCCAAGCAGGAGAACGGCUCCGCAUCAGGGGUCUACGAGGGGGCCAAGACGCCCUCCUAGGACUCAACUGGCUGCACAGGGAACAUGAACUGUAGAGGAGGAGGAGGGGUGUAGAGAGGGUUCAGAGAAACCCCCUGUAACAGACAUAGAAUUGUCCCCAUUUCAUGUAAAAUAUUUAAAAAACUACAACUAAAGAAAAUGAACUGAACAGACUUCAACUUCAAGCUCCACUGUGGCUGUAGCCAAGCAGAAUCCAAAGACGUGACCGACAGUGGGCUGGAGGGAGAGACGUCAUGAAGCGACAGAGGGAGAGAGAGAAAGAGAGAACGAGAAAGAGAAGGAGGGAGCAGACAGCUGGUCUCAGUCAGAUUGCCAAAAAAAAGAGCGAAGCGCCACAACUACGACAUUCUUCUGAGUGAGACAGACAGACGCUAACGGAAACUAUUCCUUCCUGGGCUGAAGGAAGCCCCCCCCCCCCCCCCUCUCGCUCUCUCUGCUCCACAACACACCCGGCGGCGCCCAGCACUUAAAAGGAAGACGCCUCUUCCCUCUUUUCUCUCACUCACUUUUCUCCCCACUCCCAGUCUCAGGAGCCCAAACAGCUCAGAGGAACUGAGAAUUCCGGAGGCUGGAGCGAAAGGACUCAAAACCCCCCUCAUUAUUGCAACUAUGCAUUCCACAGUCCAAAACCAAAGAUUACCGGAUGUGUGGAAUCAGGACGAUAUUUCAUGUUUGUUUCUGGUGUUUUAUUUUUGUUUUGUUUUUGCUUUGUGGGAAGAAAUGUGUAGUCUUAGGGAGGUGUGGUAUAUUAAGGAGAACAGUGGGCCAGGUACCAUAUAACUGUCUUUAAGAGACAAAGGGGGACUCUUUGAAAGGUGACAAAGGCACACAACACAGUGUUGUGCCCAUAAGCCAACAGUCUACGCUGAGUUGUUUCUCUGACACGCCCUGAUAAAAAAGGGCCAAAUGUUACUGAUAUGGGAUGGUGACGAAACGGUGGCUUCGGCUCAUAGAGCUAAUGUCAUUGGAAAAUCCUGUUAACUACUGUGGGAGAUACAAACACGCUGAAUUGUACAGAAUGAUGCUUAUGGUGGAAAUAAGGUUGCAGAUGUGUUUCGGGGGUUCAUUAAAUGUAGUUGCACGAAUAACGUUUUCUUUGUGACUGAGCAAAAUGUGACUCGCUUAACUUUUGGUGGUACUUUUCUUACGGACGUUUUUGUUGGCCGUUUUAUUUUCUCCAAAUUGUAUAUUAUUAAAAGAAAGCCCCAAUCUUGAAUGCUACUUCAGCAGAUUAAUAUGAGGGAAUAAUAUUUAUUAGGACUUUUGAUGUACAGUGCCUUCAGAAAGUAUUCACACCCCUUGACUUUUUACAUAUUUUGUUGUGUUACAGCCUGAAUUUAAAAGGGAUUCAAUUUAGAUUUUGUGUCACUGAUCUACACACAGUACCCCAUAAUGUCAAAGUGGAACUAUGUUUACAAAUUAAUUAAAAAUGAAAAGCUGAAAUGUCAAGUCAAAUAAGUUUUCAACCCUUUUGUUAUGGCAAGCCUAAAUAAGUUCAGGAGUAAAAAUGUGCUGAACAAGUCACAUAAUAAGUUGCAUGGACCGUGCAAUAAUAGUGUUUAACAUGAUUUUUAAAUGACUACUCCCAUGGCCAUGACCAGUUUCUUUUUUUUCAAUUUAAAUUAUAUUUGGAGAACAGUAACUACAAACAAAAAUGACCCCAGCCAUUGUCACCUUGGUGGCUAUAAGUUCAACACAUAGCCUAUUAUCUAUACAACAGUAACGUCAUACCCCUGAAUGGGGAGAAAUAUGAGAAAUGAUUUACACUGACACAUAGCAGCAGUGACAAAACAAAAACAUUUUACAUUUUUAAAACUGUAGAGUUUGCAUUUUUUGGGGGUGUAUUUUAAUGUAGGCCUAUAGGGAAUAUAGGCCAUGUGGAGAUGUUCAUUGAAACAUAUAUAUAUAUAUAUAUAUAUAUAUAUAUAUUUUGUUUGUUUUAGUUCAUUCCUAACAUGUUUGAUAAGAUUAGUACAGGUGUUCUCAGGGUACCCCACAUGGGGCCCCGGCCCCAAGUUUGAAAACCACUGUACUAACCUCUGCUUGCUUUCUUUCCCUCUCAGCCUCCUCUGCUUCCUCCUGCAUGCAUUGCAGCCUGCCUUAGCCUCACCACUGAGCGCUACAUCACUACCUGUCUCAGUAGCCUACUCUCUGUAAAGCAAAGUUAUUACGAGAACUUAGUAGUGUAUUUUUUACUCCUGCUGAGGUAGACUCCGUUUAACAUUGGCUUCUUAUUUCAUCCUUCUAGCUGGCUUAGCAGUAGUAGCCAGAGUCCUUGAACGUUACUUGAAUAAAAGUCUCUGCCGGCAGACAACUACCUGACUGACUGACAUCAUCUAUAAUCAAGUAUUUACCAGAUGUGCACUCAUUCUCCAAGAGUCCGUUUUUGUUUGUUUGGGGGAUGUCUGUAGACAUAGCAGGAGUCGCGGGACGGUUUUAAAAUGGCCUUUUGUCCAGCAUCUCGCAAAUACACUGUCAGCAGCAUCUCUGACUCUCUCUAGCUGGCAACUUGAGCCGGCUGCGAGCUGGGGUAGUUCGUUUCAGGUCUCAGGCCCCCUAAAAAGGCAAAUCAGGGAGGUAAAUCAGGGGGACACAAGAGAACAUAAUGAACAUACCACUGUUCAUGAUUCUGCUAAUUUCCAAAGAGGCAGUGUGAUUAGAAUUGUCAGAUCAAUAAUAUAAGCACUCUGAGCUUUGAUCAAUGCAAUAACUACAUUUUGACCCGUAACUGAUUUUCUUUAUUGUGCACAAAAUAUAUAUUUUUGUUUUUUCAAAUUAGGAAAAAAUGACAGAGGUCUGGACCUCUGUGUCCUCAUAUGUAGUUACGGCCAUGACUACCCCAUCUCUGUCACAGGAGGUUGGUGGCACCUUAAUUGGGGAGAACGGGCUCAUAGUAAUGACUGGAGCAAAAUUAGUGGAAUGGUAACACAUACAUCAAACACAUUCCAUUUGCGCCGUUACGGCCAUUAUUAUGAGCUGUUCUCCCCUCACCAGCCUCCUGUGAUCUCUGUACCCUACACAUACAAUUACUUGUAAGGUCCCUCAGUCGAGCAGUGAAUUUCAAGCACAUAUUAAACCACAAAAACCAUGGAGGUUUUCCAAUGGUUUGCAAAGAAGGACACCGAUUGGUAGAUGGGUAAAAAAAAGCAGACAAAGUCUAAGCCAUUGGGGAGGGGGAUACUAAACUAGAAUUGGAACUGCUAUUGUUUUAAGAUGGUCAUACCAUGGAUCAUUUAGCUAUUUGGUUUUUAAUUUUAGGACCUACAAUUUAGGUCUACUUUUUCUUUCUUCAUUAUUUGAUCAAAUAUUGAAUUUAGCCUUUACCACUAUAGCCCAUAGAAACGUGUUGAAUAACACAUUCAUAAAUGGCAAAAAAGACAGCAAAACAUUAUAUAACAAGGAAUAAGGUUUGAAGUGUCUGUCCUAUAUACAGGAGAUAUAAGAAAGCUCGGGAAAUAUAUAUUGAACAAAAAUAUAAACGCAACAUGUAAAGUUUUGGUCCCAUGUUUCAUGAGCUGAAAUAAAAAUCCAGGAUAUUUUCCAUACACACAAAAAGCUUAUUUCUCUCAAAUGUUGUGCUCAAAUUGGUUUACAUCCCUGUCAGUGAGCAUUUCACCUUUGCCAAGAUAAGGCAUCCAACUGUCAGAAACGCUCAACUACUUUUUUCUCUCCUCACUUGAAUACUAGCAGUCAGUGAUACGAGUAGUCAGAGAAUACUCUUUGGAGUGUUUUCUCUGACUGUUGGAUGGUGUGUGUUUGUAGGAGAGUGGACUCCUGGGGGCAUGGUUCAGGUCAACACCAGCUGUCAAAGUGUGAGGUUGUGCCGCAGGCCAAGGCCUCCCUGCCUGUGGGGAUAAACCUGACCCUUCCACACACACACACUCACACCCACCUUUAUCCUUCAAAGAAAAUAGUUUCCACUGAAGCUGUCAAACUGACAUGUAUUGGUCACUGCUGGGAUUUCAUUGGCUUGGUCUUCAGCUCUUACUCAACUGGUUGCUAUUGUGUGCAAGUGCUGCAUGCAACAGGGUUUCCAUUAGCCGGUAGGCCUAAUAGCCGGCUUUUGUACGAUCAUUUAUAAUCACGGUUUUAUAUUUCGGUUUGAAUUAUUUGGGUUGAAUACUGUAACACAGAAUAAUAAAAUAAUAAAUACAAGUCUCAUGA